GAGCUGACUUCUCGGCCAGGAUGCAAAGCACCGAUCUGGGCAACAAGGAGGAGGGCAAGAUCUGGCACCGCAAGCCUUACCCAGCAGCGCAGCAGGGAGUCAUCGCAAAUAUUAUUCACAGUACCACGGGCUAUCAUUCCAAGACAAUUCGGUUUUUACACGCAGCCUUUGACAGUUCUGGAGACUCGUUACUUGCUGGAGACCAUCAAGGAAAUGUCUAUGUUUUUGAUCUCGUGGGCAACCGAUUUAAACUGGUUCAGCGCACAACGCAAGCAUGCACUGCUCUGGCUUUCAAUCUUCGCAGGAAAACAGAAUUUCUUGUCGCUUUGGCUGACUAUUCCGUGAAGUGUUUUGAUACAGAUACCAAAGAACUUGUUAGCUGGAUGAGGGGCCAUGACUCUUCAGUGUCCUCAAUCUCUGUCCAUGGUUCUGGCCGAUACGCUGUCACGACGUCUGCAGAUACGGCCCAGCUGUGGGAUCUUGACACCUUUCAGCGCAAAAGAAAGCUGAAUGUUCGCCAAUCUGUGGGCAUCCAGAAGGUGUUCUUUCUUCCACUAAGUAACACCAUUAUUAGCUGCUUUAAAGAUAACUCGGUCUUUGCCUGGGAAUUCGAUACUCUUCACUGCAAGUAUCAGUUGCCGUCUCCGAUAGAAGGCUCGUCCUUGCGUUACAAAGUUUUUGCUGCUACACGAGAUGGUCGCGUCCUGGCAGCUGGCGGCAAAUCAAAUCACGUUCACUUGUGGUGUUUGGAAUCCAGGCAGCUGUUAAGGAUAAUCCAGAUGCCCACAAAAGUGCGAUCGGUUCGCCACAUCGAAUUCCUCGCAGACAGUUUUGACGGUGGUUCUAAUCAGGUUCUUGGAGUGCUGAGUCAAGAUAGCAUCAUGAGAUUUAUCAACAUACGGACAUGUAAGCUUGUCUUCGAUGUUGGCAGCCAUGAAGAGGGAAUCAGCACGGCUGUCAUCAGCCCCAAUGGAAGAUACAUUGCAGCAGUCAUGGAGAAUGGUAGCCUUAACAUAUAUAGCAUCCAGGCUUUGACUCAAGAAUUGAAUAAGCCUCCUCCACCUUUGUUUAAAGUGAUCGAGGAAUCUUCCAAAGGUACAACCAAACUGACCAUGAGAGUGACGUCUGGAAGGCCAGAGAGGCCUUGGAAAUCAAAGGGGGACAAAGUCCAUGCUAAAAUGUUUAGACUGCAGCCGAAUGUGUCACUUGAGAAUAAAGAGAAUGAGUUGCCUGAUGGACUGAACAAGAAACGUCUGCAGUCCCUGCUGAAGGGUUUCGGGGAGUAUCCGGCCAAGUACAGGAUGUUUAUUUGGCGGUCUUUACUCCAGCUCCCGGAAAACCACUUGGCCUUCAGCAGCCUGUUGGAUAAAGGGACCCAUUCAGCAUUUGUGCACCUUCAGAAUGAAUAUCCUAUUAAAAGCCGGAAGCUCUUGAGAGUCUUACAACGGACAUUGUCUGCUUUAGCUCACUGGUCUGCCAUCUUUGGCGAAGUGCCCUACAUCGCUCUGCUGGCCUUCCCUUUUGUCAAACUCUUCCAGAACAACCAGCUCAUCUGCUUUGAAGUGGUUGUCACCGUCAUAGUGAACUGGUGUCAGCACUGGUUUGAGUUUUUCCCCAAUCCUCCCAUCAACGUGCUGAGCAUGGUGGAAAACAUCUUGGCGCACCACGAUAAAGAACUGCUGCAGCAUUUGAUGAACUGCAAUGUAACCUCACAGGUAUACGCUUGGCCACUUCUAGAAACCAUGUUUUCUGAGGUACUGACAAGGGAAGAAUGGCUGAAAAUGUUUGACAAUGUCUUCUCCAACCAUCCGUCAUAUCUUCUGGUGCUUGUUGCCGCUUAUGUGAUCUGUUCCAGAGCUCCUUUGCUUCACUGUAAUCAGAGAGAAGAUUUUGAGUAUUUCUUCCAUCACCGGAACAACUUGGAUAUCAGCGCCGUGAUGAAGGAGGCCUACCAUCUCAUGGAGUGUACCCCUGCAGACAUCCAUCCCCAGCGAUUGCUAGACGACUUUGUCCCCCUGACUAAAGGGCAGUACCCAAUAUUUAAUAAAUACCCCAAGUUCAUCGUGGAUUACCAGUCUCAAGAGCGUGAGCGAAUCAGGCAGGAUGAAAUCGAGUACCUUAGAGAGAGGCAACUGGUCCAUGAGAUGGAAGCUGAAGCAGCCCAGAGGAGGGUGGACGACGAAACGUGGUAUCGGAAGCAAGAGCUGCUCAGGGAGGCCGAGGAGCAGAGGAGGAAGAUUCUGCUGAAGGAAGAGGAGAAACUGGCGGCGCAAAGGCAAAGGCUGGCUGCUGUCAAGAGAGAGCUGAAAGUAAAGGAGCUGCAGUUACUGGAAGCCGCAAGAAGGCGCUUUCUGAAAUACCAGCAAGACCAGCGGGAAAUGGAGCUGAACAGGCUCGACGACGAGAUUGCGAGGAAGGCAACCAUGAGAGAUCGAGAGACAGCUGCCACCGUUCGAGACGUGGAAGUGCGGCAGAUGGAGCUUGAAGCUCAGAGACGGCUUUUUGAGCAGAAACUUGUCAAAGAGCAGGAAAUGGCAACACAGGAAGUAAAAGGGGAGCUGAACGCCAGCCGGAGGAAGGCGGAGCUCGAGGACCAGCUCCUGCAGAGGCUGAUUGAGGCAGAGCAGGACGGGGAGCGUAGAGCUCGCACUCUGGCUGAAGAGCAUCUGGCCAAGACUGACCAAGAACUCAUUGAUGCCGACUGGCGAGCUCAAGUCCUUCGCAAACAGCGAUGUGAGGAUCUGGAUCGUGAAGCGUGCUACCAAGAGCUGGCCAAGCACCUUCAUGGCAACAAAGUGACGGAGUCAGAGCUGCUCGAUACACUGAGGGAAGAGGAGGCUAAAAAAUGGGAAGAAGUCCUGGAAAAGAGAGAACAGGUGGCGGCAGAGCAGGCCAUUACCGCAGCUUUGGAUGCCAACCGGAAGUGGCUUCUGGAGCGCGAAAUGAACGAUGCUGUGGAGCUGUCUGCAAAGCUCCAGGAUGAUGACGGUUAUUUUGAGAGGCUGCGUGACUUGAGAACCUCCCGGACCGAGCAAGGCCGUCAAACGCCCUGUAAGACUCCAUCGCAGCCUGGCAACGUCUGUUUAAAUGACUCAUCAGCUGUGAACUCCUCGUUACCCCUUUCCUUAGACAGAGGACGACAAAACCUGGAAUCUAGAGAGCGGGACUUAAUGGCAGAGGUCAGACAGCUCAGACAGAAGCUAAUGUCCCAAGCUCGGGUGAAAUACGCCCCACCACCAGAUGCACAAUGGAGCAGCUGAAGGGACAUGAUCCGGCUGCAAAGAGACUUUUAAUAAAUUUUCAUAUAGGGGAUGAAAGUGGUUCUUAGACUGAUUGUUGUAAAUGCUCGUAGAAAUAUUUUUUGUACAUAAAACAUUUUUUAA